AUGUCUCUUUCUGCUCUCCAUCAAUAUAGACUUCAAUAUAAACCUGUUUUACCAAAACACAUUGCCGAUAUAGAUAAUAUUACUAUUGAAGAAGGCGCUAAAACUCAAUCUGCUGUUGAUCAAAAAGAACUUUCUGAGUUAUUUAAACAUACUUAUGGACUUCCAAUUUGUAAAAUUACUGCAGGUAAAAAUGCUGAUAUUCACAGGGCUAUUAGAUGUGGUUUUAUUCUUUCAGGCGGACCUGCUGCUGGAGGACAUAAUGUAGUUGCUGGUCUUUAUGAUGGUUUAAUGAAAGGAAAUAAAGAAAAUAAACUUUAUGGUUUCAGAUGUGGUGCUGGAGGAAUUCUUGCAAAUGAUUAUAUUGAAAUUACUUCAGAACUUGUUGAUAAACAUCGUAACACAGGUGGAUUUGAUCUUGUUGGAUCUGGAAGAACAAAGAUUGAAACUGAAGAACAAUUUGCUACUGCUUUUAAACAUAUCACAGCAUUAAAGCUUAAUGCUAUGGUUGUGGUUGGUGGUGAUGAUUCUAACACGAAUGCAGCUCUUCUUGCUGAAUACUUUGCUGCACAUGGAUCAGAUUGUGUAUUUGUUGGAGUACCAAAGACUAUUGAUGGUGAUCUUAAAAAUCAAUAUAUUGAAACAUCAUUUGGAUUUGAUACAGCUUGUAAAACAUAUUCUGAACUUAUUGGAAAUAUUCAAAGAGAUGCUAUUUCAUCAAGAAAAUAUUGGCAUUUUAUUAAAGUAAUGGGAAGAUCUGCUUCUCAUAUUGCUCUUGAAGCUGCUCUUGAAACUCAACCAACAUAUUGUAUUAUCUCAGAGGAGGUUGAAAAUAAAAAGAUGACAGUUAAUCAAAUUGCUUCAGAAAUUGCAGAUAUUGUUGUUGAAAGACAUAAGAAGGGAUUAAACUUUGGUGUAGUAUUAAUUCCAGAAGGACUUGUUGAAUUUAUUCCAGAAGUUAAAGCACUUAUUAAAGAACUUAAUAAUCUUCUUGCACACAAGAAAGAAGAAUAUUCUAAAAUUACUGAAUUCUCAGCUCAAAAAGCAUUUGUUUGUGAGAAUAUUUCUGAGGGUUGUGCUGUUACUUUCAAGAACCUUCCAGAUAAUAUUGCUAAACAACUUCUUCUCGAUAGAGACCCACAUGGAAAUGUAAAUGUUUCAGCUAUUGAAACUGAGUCUUUUGUAUCAGGAAUUGUUAAAGCUGAAAUUAUUAAGAGAGGUGUUAAAGUUCCAUUUACUCCAGUUCAUCACUUCUUUGGAUAUGAAGGAAGAUGUGCAUUCCCAAGCAAUUUCGAUUCUACCUAUUGUUAUGCACUUGGAUAUACUGCUUUUAUUUUACUCGCUCUUAAGAAAACAGGACAAAUCUGUUGUAUUUCAGGACUUCAAAAACCAGCAGAAGAAUGGAUUUGUGGAGGUGUUCCAUUAACCAUUAUGAUGAAUAUGGAACAAAGAAAUGGUGAAAUGAAACCAGUUAUUAAAAAAGCUCUUGUUGAGACUGAAGGAAAGCCAUUUAAAUUCUAUCAAUCUAAACGAGCUCAAUGGGCAUCAGCUGAAGAUUUUGUAUUCCCAGGUGCUAUUCAAUAUUUCGGUCCAUCUGAAGUAUGUGAUCAACCAACUAAGACUCUUCUCCUUGAACAAAACUAA